GCCAUCAUGAUGUACGUCAGUAUAGGCCUACAUGUAAUUUCCUCAGGAUCGGAAUAAGUUGAUAUGAGGUGUUCUGCUGUCAUAAUUCCUAUAUUGAUUGGUCUUACAAGUUUCCUCUCUAUGUCUCUGAUAUUUCGAGGUGUAUUUCAGAGAAUUCUUCCUACUAAAUUGAAUUUGGGAUUGGUCUUAUCGAGGACGAUGACGAGUAACGAAUCGAGCACCGAGGCAGCAAGCAAGUUGACUGCAGCAUUUGUGACGGUCCCAGGCCCAGAUGCUACAGUUGCUGAAAAGUUGGCCUCAGACAUUGUUGAGCAGAAGUUAGCAGCAUGUGUGAACGUCAUCCCUGGUUUGACCUCUGUGUAUGAAUGGGAAGGGAAGAUCGAGAAGGACCAAGAAUUGCUUUUAAUGAUCAAGACCAAAAGGUCAAAGAUCGAUGAACUCUCAGAAUUUGUGCGCAAAAAUCAUCCUUACGAUGUCGCUGAGGUCAUCAGCCUGCCUAUUGAAAAUGGAAAUCUGCCUUAUUUGCAGUGGGUAGCUAAAACUGUACCGGAAUGAGAUGAAAAAUAUGAACUUUUGCGGAUUCAAUUUUUGUGUAUCAUACAGUGUGUAUUACUGAUGCUACCAAAUGUCUAUACUCUUCAUGAACUAUAACUGAAUUUAGGGCAGUCUUUAUUUCAAAUGAAAAAAGUUACAUUUUGACAACCCAAAACCUUGUUUCUCUAGCUUACAUCAUACGAAACAUGUGCCAAAUAUGUUAAUAUUCUAUCAAUGACUUGGAGUGUAAAUAUGUGAAAGGGACUUGAGAAUAAUGGCAAUUGUUCAACUUUUUUUUUACUUAAUAUAUAAGCUCACAUUCUAGAUCUUGGCAAGGAAAAAGUGAUUAUUACCCUUUUUUUUCUUUUCUAAAUAGGUUCAACAAAUGUGGCUAAUAAAGCUUGUUUAUGGGCUUUAAAGCUGUAAUAAAGGAAAGAAUUGUUAAGAGGGCUGAAUAAAAAUGGGGGGGGGGGGAUAUACAUGACAGUGUAAUGGCACUUUUUUUUACAGGAACUGUCCUGGAUUUGCUGUUAUGAUCGUAGUGAUUUUUAAGUGUUGUUUAGACAUGUAACUUUUUUAAAGAGCUCCGGUGAGAUAUCUAGAACGCUUGAGCUUUCAAGAGCUAAACUGCUCUGCAGUCCUGUGUAUUUUUCUUUCACUUGCAGCCAAAUUUUUAUUUCAAAGUUCAUGAACUCUGAUAUAAAAAUUUGAAUUGUGUAGAAAAAUGUAAUUUGAAAAUGUCUUUUAAAAUGUGGGAAAAUUUGCCAGUCUAAAAGAAGUGUGCGUACCCAUAUAAUUAUAUCUAUUGCGCAGUAGAACUAUGCCUGGUCAAUUUUGUUUUCCUUUACUGCGCAGUAGUCAGUAGUGAAUUUCUUGCCUACACUUUUGACCAAUCAGAGGCCUAGAAUAUAACCUUUACAUGCAGUAGAUAAUGAAAUAAAUACAUGUUCUGUAUUGCCAUCAAUUUGAUUUCAGUUUUCUGAAUCGCUUGCCAGAAGGAUCUACUGCACUUUAUAAGUCCCUUUUGAUUCUAUCUUUAGCACAUUUUGCCUUUCAAGGGCAUUCUUCUCAAAUAGAUGUACUGAAAUUCAUGGCAUUGUAAACAUUUCCUAUCAUUUCAUUUUUGUUCUAUUAUCAUAGUUUUCUUUUUGUUAUGGUUAAAUGCAAAUUGCAAAUAUAUAAUUCGCUGCUUUUAGUCACUUGUUGGACAUUUAUUUUCUGCACCUGCAGAUGUGUAACAAAUAUUGAACAAAUUGGCAUUUUUGACAACUCUUUGUGUUCAAAUACAAUAAGUCUAGUCAUUGAUACUGACUUUACUUUGAAGCACCAUAACCGUCUGUUAAAAAAUAUGAACAUGUUGGAUUGUCAAUACUUAUUUCCUUUAAAUAAAGCCAUGUAAAAUUGGAAAAGGGUAAUCCUUACCUCAUUUUCUCAGGUUUUUGCGGUGAAGAAUCUAUAUUGUUAGUUUUUCUGAAGAACCGCAUAUACCUGUUUAUGAAAAUGUUAGUAGCAAAUAAAGCAUUCAGUGAGAUAUUUCAUAAAAAAAUCAAAAUUAAAUAUUUGUGAUGUAUUCUUAUUUUUGGGGUGCUCUACCUAUUAAGAUAUGUUGAUAGACAUAUUUUGUGUCACUCAUUACAAAAGAAUUAUCACUAAAUUCAAUUGAAAGCAGAAAAAAUGAGGAAAAAAUGGUCUUUAUAAGUUUUGAACGUUGCUCUCAACUAUCUUUGUUGCACUACAAUUAAUUUGUUUAUCCUUUGUGUAAACCAAAGUUACGAAUGAUCAUAUAUAUGUUUUGAACGUUGGAUUGAGAUCAUUAAAUUAUCUAAUUUGAA